CAGGUUUUGCUGAGAUGCUGCUGUGUCUUCGAGGGAGAACUCUACCCCGGCCUUACAGAUAUUGAAGGAAACGCCCUCAUUAUGCAGGAGGUGGUCCUUCUCUCCGGCAGCCGGCAGUUUUUACCAAAGACCUCCAACCUCCAGGCCCGUCCCCAUGGUGCCUCUUUCCACCUUGAACCUCAGCAUGAAGCUCGGCCUCCACACAUCCAGCCAGAGGCAGAAGUGGAAGGCCAAGGAAAGUGUCUUUAUUACCCGCAGUGCAGCGUUACCGGCAGGAAAUAAAGAAGACCCCAAAGCCGGCCUUUAUUCUGGGGGCUCUUGGGGUCACGCCCUUCAUGGCGGUGCCGCUCACUGUUUGCUUUGGGCAGGUCUACCACCCAGCAGUGGCCUCCAUACAGGUGCUGUAUGGGGCCUGCAUUCUGUCCUUCCUCGGUGGGGUUCGCUGGGGUCACACCUUGCCGGACAACAGUCCCCACCAGACUCAACUGGAGCAACCUGGCGACCGGCGUGGUGUUCCCGUACAUGGCGUUCACCAGCCUGCUGCUAUUGGAGA